AUGGGUUUUGAGGAGCAACCAACCUUCUACCUCUAUAGCAUCGGCCACCCCCCCGAUCAGCUGUCGCUAGGACAUCUUGUGCUUAAGGACUACGCCAAUCCUCUUCUGGCACGGAACAUCCGCGCCCCUGAGAUUACUGAGGACCAAAUCCGUGAAUGGACCGACAUCACACCGGCCAACUGCGCCUUCGAGACAGCCAGCGAGGACAAUUUUGUCGUCGGCCUACAGGUGCCUGUGGCUGGAGAGGUGAGCGUGCGGUUCAGUGGGACGACAAAUAAGGUCGUUACGGCACGAGUGGGCCGGCGCGUGAUGCUCAAGGACUCCACGAGAUUCUUCAAGGACGUCGUGGCCAAGAAUCAAGACGUGCGCGCCAAACUGGCAGUGUGGUGCACCGUGGCGAGCAGCCGGUACGUGCUGCACAAAGCGCUACUCGGUCUCCGGAGGCCGCAGAUCUGGCUCCUCACGGGUUUCUACGAGUUCGAGGGGGCGUCGCUGUCGCAGCUCCACCACCGGGAGCCCGGAGUGGAGCUGGGUAUCGGCGCCGAGCUGGUGACGGCGCUCUCGGGGGUCCCGGUGGGGGGCUCAGUCGGGAUGGGCGGUUCGCGAUUGCUGAGGCGACAGGUUGAGAUGCCAGAGGCAAGGAUUUGGGCAGCGCAAUGGCAGAGGUUGGAUGCCGAAUGGAUCCGGCAGUCGGCAAGUCAGGAUUCCGUUGCGUUGACCCAGGUCCAGCUCCUUCCCGACACGACGUACAGUAAAGGUGUUAUGCUCGGUUCGUCGGAGCACGAGUCGGGGAGAAUUGUCGCCGCAGGCUUCAGCUUGGGCGACCUGGGUACAUGUAGCAGGGACGAUAUCAUCGAGGAAGAUGAGAAGUACGCCGAAGCGUUCGCAGUAGCGGAGCGGCGGCUCACAAGGCAGCGGGCCUCCUAG